AGAAAAGGAAUCAUGAUGAUAUUCAAUGUUCAUCAUUAUUGUUGUUUUGUAUUGCCCUGUUCAACCCGUCUCCGUGGGUUGUCGUCCCCGCCGGUCCCACAAUCUCAUUCAUUCUUUACUAAUUUAAUUCUCUUCCCUUCCCUUCCCUUCCCUUCCCCUUAUGCUCAUAGAUCCCACUCCCCGCCAUAUCUUCUGGUGUGGUGGAUCAUCUAAUUUUUUAUUUUUUAUUUAGUCCGUGGAGUGGAAGGUUUUGUUGUCUACUUGUUUAUCUUUAGGCUACUCAAUCUCGUGCAAUGUCAGCUUGUUGACUACUUGUUCGUUUCUUCUUCAUCUUCGUCUUCUUCAUUUUUCUUCUAUAAGAUACAAAGAAAAAUAAAUGAUGAUGAUAUACGCAAGAGCCCAAGUUUAAUUAUAUAUAUUUCUGGAAAUACAGGUCCUUUCUUACUUGGGUUUCAAGUGUCCAGCACCACUUCACCAGGAGAACAGACGGAGACAGAAGAUGCUGGCUGUGAAUUGCAGCUCUUCCUCUUCCACUUGUCCUCCUCCUCCACCAUUGGGCUCCCAUUUAAGCGGACCUGACAAUGGGGUUCUAGUUAACAUGUCACCUACACUUUUCUCCUACUUCAACCCUAUUGUACAGUUGGAUAGGACCUUAUCUAACAAGGAUUCCCUUUGUUGUGACUCCGAGGAGGCACUGGGUUGUACUAUCAUCAACUCUUUUGCUUCCACACCAAAGUCUUCCACGGAGCUGAAGGAGGAGAUUGCCACGCUUGAGCUUGAAAUUAUGCAUUUAGAACGUCAUCUUCUUUCACUAUAUAGAACCACUUUUCAAGGAUGUGCCUUGCCGAGUACCCCAGAAAGCCAUUUACAAUUUAAGACGGGACACUCCAAAUUGGAGCUGCAAGUGCACAGAGGUGGAUUGGUCCAUCAUGAUCAAACUUCCCCUGCACAUCGCCGGGUCAGCUCAGAUAAUUGGAAUAGUGCCACCAGCAUAAAAGCCCCAUCUAACUGGGACCGGAAAAUUAAUUCUCGUCAUCGCAGCCUAGCUGAUCAUCUUGGUGAGACUCGCAAUGAUAGUACCCUUAAUACUCCAGAUAGACUUUCUGAAGAUAUCAUAAGAUGCAUCUCUUCUAUAUACUGCAAACUUGCCAAUCCCCAAACCCACACAUGCCCGUCAGCGUCGCCUGCUUCCUCCUUGUCCUCCUCAAGUAUAUUUUCUUCUAAGAAUCCUUGUGAUAGUUGGAGUCCACAUUGCAAUGAGGAUGCUACAAUGCAUCAUCAAGGGUUGAAAGAAAACAGUGGACCCUAUGCCACAAUGAUAGAAGUGUUGAAGAUAUGUUUAGACGAUGACAGCUUCAAUUAUGCUGCUAUGAUGCUGCAAAAUUUCAGGUCAUUGGUGAGAAGUCUAGAGAAGGUUGAUGUCCUAAAGAUGAAGCGUGAGGAGAAGCUUGUGUUCUGGAUUAACAUUCACAAUGCCUUGGUGAUGCAUGCAUACCUGGCAUAUGGAACUCACAGCCGUGUGAAAAGUACUUCAAUUUUAAAGGCAGCAUACAAUAUAGGUGGACAUUGCAUAAAUGCGUAUAUCAUACAGAGCUCCAUAUUAGGAAUUCGAGCACACCACUCAGCACCGUGGCUACAAACGUUGUUCCAUUCCGGAAGGAAGUUGAAGACAGGGAGCAUUAGACAUGCAUACUCGUUAGAAUACCCUGAGCCACUAGUCCAUUUUGCUCUAUGUUCAGGGGCGUACUCUGACCCGGCGGUUCGAGCAUACAGAGCAAAGAGCAUAUUUCAGGACCUGAAACUUGCUAAAAAAGAAUUCAUUCAAGCUAAUGUCUAUAUGUACAAGGAGACAAAGCUUUUCCUCCCAAAAAUUCUUUACUACUUUGCAAAAGACAUGUCACUGGGUAUGCUAGGGCUCUUGGAGGAAAUAAAUGAUUGUCUCUCAGACAUUCAAAAGAAAGCUAUCAGAAGCUGCAUGGCAGGAAAGCUUGACAAGUACAUACAAUGGCUACCUCAAAGUUCAACCUUUCGGUAUGUAAUCCAUGAGGAAUUAGCCAACGUAAAAUUAACUUUCUAAUUCUUCAGUGUGAAAGAGAGGAGCAAGGAAGUGUUUGUUUCUGAUAGGAGCCACAAAUAAAGGGCAAAUGUUAAUCUGUACAGAGUUGGAUUGAGGAAAUUAAGUACAGAAUAUUCUUCACCAUCCACUUAAAUUGAAUCACUUUGUUCUAAAUAAAGUGUUCUAAGAAUGCUUUGUGGUUAUGGAUAGCCUUUUGGAUUUUGGGCAGAAUCAUGCAGCAAAAACCAAUAGCCGACCAUUUCCAAGGACCGAAAGAACCUCUCCAUCCUUCCAGAGAUUGUUGUGGACUGGAGAGGAGAGGGUUGUGGUUGCUGCUGUUGACUGGCGUUUGCUGGCGAAUCAUGGUUGAAAAUAGUUUUUCAGACUCGUCUAUGGACAAAGUUUUUUUUUUUUUCUUUUUCUUUUUCUGUGGGUCCUUUUUUGAUCUGGUACAAAGUAAACUUAUAAAAGUGUUGUAGCUCAAGUAGUUAAAAGCAUUUAUUUAUUUA